AUGGGGAUUGGCACCGAGAUCAGCCGCAAGAUUCGGAGUGCCACUAAGGGGAAGUUGCAAGAAUUAGGAGCUUACAUGGAUGAAGAACUGCCUGAUUACAUUACAGUGAUGGUGGCCAACAAGAAAAGUCAGGACCAAAUGACAGAGGACCUGUCCCUGUUUGUAGGGAACAACACAAUUCGAUUCACCGUAUGGCUUCAUGGUGUGUUAGAUAAACUUCGCUCUGUUACAACUGAACCCUCUAGUCUCAAGUCUUCUGAUACCAACAUAUUUGAUAGUAAUGUGCCUUCAAGCAAGAGCAGUUUUAGUCGGGGAGAUGAGAGAAAGCAUGAAGCUGCAGCGCCUCCCCUUGCCAUUUCUAGUACGAGAGCUGACAAAAGAGAUUCCAGAGUUUCUAUAAGUUCACAGGAACAGAAAACCACUAAUGUCAGCAGACAGACUUACGAUGAUGGAGCUGCAACCUGACUAGUGUCAACAGUGAAACCUCUGAGGGAGCCAGCACUCUCUGAAGAUGUGAUUGACAUUAAGCCAGAACCAGAUGAUCUCAUUGAUGAAGAUCUCAAUUUUGUGCAGGGGAAUCCCUUAUCUCAGAAAAAACCUACAGUGACACUUGCCUGCGGUUCUUCUCGUCCUUCUAUUGAAAUUUACCAACCACCUGCAAGUAGAAAUGCAGAUAGUGGUACUCCUUUAAAUAGGUUGCAAUUUCAGCAGCAGCAAAACAGUAUUCAUGCUGCCAAGCAGCUUGAUAUACAGAACAGUCAAGUGUAUGAAACAGGACGUUUGUGUGAACCAGAAAUGCUUAAGAGCUUAGAAGAGACUUACAGUCCCUUUUUCAGAAACAACAUGGAAAAAAACAUGAAUAUUGAGGAUGAAAACUUUCGGAAGAGAAAGUUGCCUGUGGCAAGUUCAGUUGUUAAAGUAAAAAAAUUCAAUCAUGAUGGAGAAGAAGAAGAAGGCGAUGAUGACUAUGGCUCCCCAGGCAGCAUGUCUAGCAGUGUGUCAGUGCCAGCAAAACCUGAAAGGAAAGCUUCUCUUCCACCUUCUAAACAAGCUAACAAGAAUCUAAUUUUGAAGACUAUUUCUGAAGCUCAAGAAUCUGUAACAAGAACAACUAAUUAUUCUGCAGUCCCGCAGAAACAGACACUUCCAGUUGCUCCCAGAACUCGAACUUCUCAAGAAGAAUUGCUAGCAGAAGUGGUUCAGGUGCAAAGCAGGGCCCCCAGAAUAAGUUUCCCCAUGAAAGAAGAGGAAACAAAAGGAGAUAAUAUAGAAAAAAAUCAAGGAACUCAACAGAAGCAAUUGUUAUCCCGACUGCAAAUUGACCCAGUAAUGGCAGAAACACUGGAGAUGAGUCAAGAUUACUAUGACAUGGAAUCCAUGGUCCAUGCAGACACAAGAUCAUUUAUUCUGAAGAAGCCAAAGCUGUCUGAGGAAAUAGUAGUGGCACCAAACCAAGAGUCAGGGAUGAAGACUGCAGAUACCCUUCGGGUUCUUUCAGGACACCUUAUACAGACACGAGAUCUUGUACAACCAGAUAAACCUGCAAGUCCCAAGUUUAUAGUGACGCUGGAUGGUGUCCCCAGCCCCCCAGGAUACAUGUCAGAUCAAGAGGAGGACAUGUGCUUUGAAGGAAUGAAACCCAUAAACCAAACUGCACCCUCAAACAAGGGACUCAGAGGUCUCCACCCACAGCAGUUGCAGUUGAUGAGCAGGCAGCUUGAGGACCCUGAUGGUAGCUUUACCAACACUGAGAUGAUUGAAUUGAGCAUGGCACAGAAACCAGAAAAGCUUUUGGAGCGCUGCAAGUACUGGCCUGCUUGUAAAAAUGGGGACGAGUGUGCGUACCAUCAUCCCACUGCACCUUGCAAAGCCUUCCCCAGUUGUAAAUUUGCUGAAAAAUUUGUUCAUCCAAAUUGUAAAUACGACACUAAGUGUACUAAACCAGAUGGUCCCUUCACUCAUAUGAGUAGAAGAAUUCCAGUAUUGCCUUCAAAACCAGCUGUUACAGCACCGCCAUCCACUAAUGGUCAGCUCUGCAGCUACUUCCCAGCUUGUAAGAAAAUGGAAUGUCCCUUCUGUCACCCAAAACACUGUAGAUUUAACGCUCAGUGCAUCAGAUCUGACUGCACAUUUUAUCAUCCCACCAUUACUGUACCUCCAAGACAUGCCUUGAAGUGGAUUCGGCCACAAACCAGUGAAUGA